CAAUUUAGCCAUGAAACCUCCCACACUAAAAUGACAGGUGUUUCAGUUUCAUUGUCCAACCCCUGUAUAUGGGUGGGCAUUGCCCCUCCAUGUCCCUUCGUGGUGGCGCCACUGGAAGCUGGUGACAACAUUUCCUCCUCUCUCCAUCCUUGUUUUUCCAUAUUUGUGUUUGUGUUUGAGUGAGCAGGGAGGAGGGAGGAGGAGCUGCAUAGACAUCCCUUACAACAGCAUAUCAACAGUUAAAUGUUAAUUUAUCAGUCACCUCUAAAUGUACGCGCACACACGCACACGGUAAGCCCAGGCUUCAUAAGCAGGCUGUCGCCGCUGGCACCUCGUUGUUUUCACUGAUCCUCCUGCUGCGGCGCAGAGCGGCUCGGAGAACAUGGCACUGGCCGACAUGGAGCACGCAGCGUCAGGCUGCGGGGACUUGGGCUCCCCGUUUUCAGAGAUCAUCGAGCUGAACGUCGGCGGGCAGGUGUAUGUUACCAGGCACAAAACUCUGAUCGCCGUGCCGGACUCGCUCCUCUGGAACAUGUUCAGUAAGAAGUCCCCCAAGGAGCUGGCGAGAGACAGCAAAGGACGCUUCUUCUUGGACAGGGACGGCUUCUUGUUCCGAUACAUCCUCGAUUACCUGCGAGACCUUAACUUGGUUCUCCCGGACUACUUCCCCGAGAAGAGCCGCCUGCAGAGGGAGGCGGACUUUUUCUUGCUGCGGGACCUGGCUAAGCGCCUCAACCCGCGGGUGAGUAAGGACAACUCGAUCAGCGAGGAGAUCAGCCAGAGCGACAUGGAGGACGGCGCGCAGUGCUGCUCCUCCGGUGAGCCCUUACGCGCCCUUUCCGCCAGCGGGGCCAUGCGCUCCCCGUCUCUGGACACCAGAAAGUCCGGGUACAUCACCAUAGGAUACCGCGGCUCCUACACGAUCGGUAGAGACAUCCAGACCGACGCCAAAUUCAGGAGGGUGGCACGCAUCACCGUGUGCGGUAAGACCUCUCUGGCCAAAGAAGUGUUCGGGGACACUUUGAACGAGAGCAGGGACCCGGACAGGCCCCCGGAGAGAUACACCUCCCGCUACUACCUGAAGUAUAAUUUUCUAGAGCAGGCGUUUGACAAGCUGACAGAGGCGGGAUUUCACAUGGUGGCCUGCAGCUCCACGGGCACCUGCGCCUACACCAGCAAUGAUCCAAACGAAGACAAGAUCUGGACAAGCUAUACUGAAUAUGUCUUCUGCCGGGAAUAGGCUCAUUCAUGGCAUUUCAAUGUACACAAAUAUAUAAAGAUAUAGAAAAGACUUGUCCUAAAUUGUAGGGAAUGAAGCGCUGAGAGAAAACUAAUAACUAGACAUAAAACGAAGCACCAGAAAUAGAUUCUAGACACAGUUCUGACUGUGUCUAGUAGUUACUAGCGGUUACUCCUGAAAUUUGCAGCAAUGAUUAUAUAUUUAUUAAAACAAAAUGUUUUUGAAUUUUCUUUCCUUUAUAACACACUGCUUUUCUAUUUUAAAACAGCACAGGGGUUUUUGUUUUAUCACCUAAAUUCUGUAUUAAGUUACAUCAUGUCUUUCAAAACUUACUUAACUUACAAAGGCACUCACAGUUUUUCAGAAUGAAAAGCACACCUUUUUACAUUUAUAAUAAUGUAAAAUGUUCUUUAUUUUAUCAUUUAUUAUGUAAAUUAGAACACGGUUAUGGUUUAGACUUGACAACAAAGCGUUUAAAUGCUGGUGUAGAUGAUUCCCUAAUAAUUUUUCAAAUCUUCUGACACAAAUAAGAAGAAAACCCUCUAAACCCAGUGUAAUACACUGUAAAGAGGUAGACCAAUUCAAGGAAGGGGAUCAACAGCUCUUAACUUAUUCAGUCAGAAAUUCAACAUGAAUCUUUCUUUUUUUUUUUUGGUAGAACAUAAAUGCAUAUGUAUAUUAUAAAUAUUAUACAUUUAAAACUUUUUUAUAAAUAAUUCACAGAAGUAUUUAAUAUUUUUCUUACAUGUUUAAUUUUAUCUUUUGAAAAAGGAAAAUAAAUCAAAUGGCCAUGUGUUAAAUUAAACUAGAUGACAUGCAUCAGAUGUAAUAAUGUUGAAUGAGUCAUUAAAGAAUUUAGACUUGGCUUAGACAUGAGGCAAAGGACUUGGACUUACCCCUCAACAACUUGACUUGGGCUUGCUAAUCAAAGAUUUGAUGUUGGACUCAGGGUAAAAGAGAAUUUAAAAAAUAUUUUUGUGGGCUUAGUGGCCUUUACUUGACAAUUUAGAAGAUAGGAAAGGAGGCAAAGAGAAAAGAGGAAGCCAUGCAGACUAAAGCAAGGAAUCAAACUCAGAGCAGCUGUGUUGAGCAUUCUUUACAUGGGGGACCUGCUCUACCUAUUAAGCCUUGAGACUUGACAUGGACUUGCUCUGCUGUGACUUGAGAUAUUGACUUGCCCCUGAGAGACUUGAUCAUUGACUUCAGCUUGGUCCUGAAAAACAGGAAACUUGACUUGGAUUGGAGACUUGGUUAGGAAUUGCUUAUGAAAAACAAGAGGCCUGACUUAGGUUUUCUCCUCCGUGGCUUGAGACUUUACUUGGACCAGCCUCUCAAAGACUUGAGACUUGACUUGGACUUGCUUCUGAAUGAUUUUGAGAGUUGGUUUGAACUUGCUCCUCAGUGACUUAAGACUUGACUUGAACUUCCGUCUCAAAAAGUCCAAACUUGAUCUGGGCUUUUUCCUGAAGGACUUUCUGCUCAGUAAUUUUAGACCUUUGACCUGGACUUGAAAAAAUUACACAUGGGCAUCUCUGUCAUCUGGUCCGCCUUUCCAAAAGUUUCUGGAGGCACCCCUGUGUUUGAGUUAACACCGAAAGCCCUCCUGCGUGGUAAACACCAGCAAACACCAUCUUCAUUGCCGUUGCUAUAGUCAAAUCUGACUCCGUGCUGAACUGAAUGAUGUCCAGGAGCUGACAAACAGUGAUUAAUAUUCAUUGUCAAUGUACAUUCUGGGCUUACUGCUUUGCCCAAGUUUUGUAGUUUCUUCUAGCAGUUUUUACCACUGCAGUGACUGUAAAUGUAUAUGUGAAGUGUUGGCUAUAUUUGUUAAAGUGUUCUGACCUAAAUAAAGCCUUCUUCUCUUUUA